UUUGGAAAGUAAAAGUGAAUUAUAAUAUUGGAAAAUUGGUGGAGUGGUGGAUUCACCAACCCCAAAACGCUACAUACAUAACAUAUAUUGCAGCUUACGGCAAGUUUAAGCACGCAACUAUUCUGAUCGAAACCAAUUAAAGGAAUCGCAGGUGGGACUGAUAGAGGUUUGUGUAUUGCCUGCAUGGAGACACCCGCCAUGGCUACGCAGACGCAGGCACCAAAACUUAAUCAGAAAUUGAAUUAUUCCAUGGUUGGUAAAGAGAAUGAUAUGAUGAUGAUAGGUGGUCUAAUUUCUAAGAAGUCUGGUAUUGAUUUGAUGCAAAACUGUGAUCUCCCUCCACCUCUCAAGGUGUUUGCUGGGUUGGAUAAGGCGGUGGAGUUGAUGUCGUUGAAUAACAGGGCGGGUUAUAGCAUCAUGGGACAAGAGGACGAUAAAAACGAUGAUGGGAAGUUGGAGAUUUUCAAGGCUUUAAGGUUGUCGCAAACGCGUGCGAGGGAAGCGGAAAGGAAGGCGGCGGACUUGGCGGAGGAGAAACAACGGGUAUCAGAUGCUUUUAUGAAAGAAUCGUUGCAGUUGUUUGCUUAUCGGCAAUGGGUGAGAUUGCUUGAGAUUCAAGUCUGGGUUCUGAAAUCACAAAUGGUGGAGAAAGAUCAGAAUUUUUGUGAUAAAACAGAGAGACAAAGAGUGGUAGAAGAGGGAAUUGAGGGUGGAAACAAUAAUGGGGAUGAAAUGUCAUUGAUUGUUGCUUUGGCUAUUUGCCUUGGGAUUGCCAGUGUUGGUUUAGCAUUUGGUUGUAGAUAUUUGUUUUGAAUGAUAUAGGAAGAAAAUGGGUAUUUUCAUCUGUUUUUCUCUUCUCUUUUUGUCAUUUAUAUAUAUGUGUAUAUAUAUAUGAAUGAUAAUCCCAUUCUAGAAAGAACAUCAUUUCGAAA